AGAGGAUCGUGCUGUUCUAAGACGUGUUGCUAUUCAAAGCCCAAGCACGUACACUGCAGCAUUCCAAAUCAGAGAUUGUUUCCCAUUUUUUUUCUUCAAGUUUAUAAUACUUUGUAUUUAUUUUGCAAAUCAAUACAUAUUAUUUGAUUUUGCAGAUUUUGUGACUACACAUCUUUGGCGACUCCACUGGGGAAAUCUCUGCCUCUCAUCUUUCAGUUGAAGAAAAAAAAAAAAAAUUUCCACCAUAUCUUUCUAGGCAUGGCGGACUCAAAGCAAGCUAUAACUCCUAUUGCAACUCGAAAAGUUCAAAUCUUUUCCAAUCAAUCUUCCUUGUUGACUCGUGCCAAAGCACGCAUGACGAGAUCCAAGUUGGUCUCCCCCUUGAGGCAAUUCACUAGAAGACGUCGUAAGGAGGCUGCGAUAAAAAAACGAGCAUUAACCAUCCAGUCACCUUUCCAGCCUGUGAAGGAUGUCGAGUACUUCUCUUCAGAAUCUAGUGAAGGUGAAGAACUCAGUCUCAAGCCCAGUCAUGUUUCUGCUUCGAAGUUAAGGUGGGCUGACUAUCCUUCAUCAUCGUCUGAGUCCCUCUUACCUGCCUUGGUUACUGAAGCGACAUCUGGUGACCCGGAUGCUCUCCUCAAGGCUGUGGAAGGCUUAAGGAAAGCUGUGGCUGAAAAGGAUGCCCAAAUCAAGGAACUCCAAGAACUUUUAGUGGCUCAACACUUAUCAAAACAGAAUAACCAAGCAGCAUCAAGCUCAGUCGCUGAAAAAGCCCUCGAAAACAAGGAAGACUCAUUAAGGACUUCAAAUCGGGGUAAGCAAGUUACCAUGGAGGAAAGCUUGGAGCAACAAAAGCAAGAACAACUAGAUCGAACAAUUCUCCAAGGUGCUUUCCGUGACACUGCUCAUGCUACUGUGGCAUCUCUUACAUUUCCACAACUUAAACUUUUAGUUGAUGAUGUGAUUCGAGCUCGACAAGGAGGGACCUCACAAUCCUCACUUGUGUAUGCCAAGCCCUAUACUCGUAGGAUUGAUAAUCUAAGCCUACCAGACGGCUACCAGCCACCAAAAUUCCAAAAGUUCAAUGGGAAAGGCAACCCAAGGCAACACGUCGCCCAUUUUGUUGAAACAUGCAACAAUGCUGGCACCUAUGGGGACCUCAUGGUGAAACAGUUUGUCCGGUCCUUGGAGGACGCAGCCUUUGAAUGGUACACUGACCUUCCUGCUGGGUCAGUGGAUAGUUGGGACCAAUUAGAGCGAGAAUUCUUGACACGUUUUUAUAGUACCAAGCGUACUGUUAGCCUGCCUGAGCUUGCUAACACCAAGCAAAAGAAAGAUGAGUCUAUGACAGACUUCAUUGAAAGAUGGAGGAAUCUCGUCCUAAACUGUCGAGAAAAGAUUAGUGAGAUCUCUUCUAUUGAUAUGUGUGUGCAAGGUAUGCAUUGGGGAUUGUUGUAUAACCUUCAGGCUAACAUGCCACAUACCUUUGAAGAAUUGGCCACUCGUGCCCAUGACCUGGAAAUUCAAAUUGCUAGGCAUGGCAACUUUCUUCCAACAGACGCUCGUGAUAAAAAAGAGUCUCGAAAAGAUGUGAAGAAGGAAGUGAAACCUUCAAAAGCAAAAGAAACUAUGGCAGUCACAACAGCGCCUGUGAAGAUCUCACAACAAAAGCCAAAGCCAAAUCCUAAACAAGGUGUCAAGAUUGUUGAGGAUCAGGGUCAAAAGAAGAAGUCUACCUUGAAAGAGUUGCAACAAAAGGAGUAUCCAUUUGCAGACUCUGAAGUGCCAGCUAUCUUUGAGCAAUUGUUGGCGCUAAACUUAAUUGAACUUCCAGCUCCUAAGCGCCCAGAGGAAGUUGGGAGAGUAAAUGAUCCAAAAUACUGUAAGUAUCACCGAAUUGUGAGUCAUCCAAUCGGUAAGUGUUUUGUGUUGAAAGAUUUGAUAGUUCGUCUUGAGAAAGAAGGCAAAAUACAACUAGAAAGUGAAGAAGGUUCCGCUACCACCAAUGUUGCCAUGGUUUCCUUUGGAUCCUUCAGUCCAGUUCCACUCCUGCCUGUGCAACGAACCCCACUAAUGGUUCAGCCUAAGGAGUUUGGCCCCCACCUGCCCAAGGGGGCAAUUCAAGUUAAAUUUCAAACAGAUGAUGAAGAAAAGAUAGCCUAUGCUUAUCCUGACAUGCCAACUUCUGGAGGUCCAGGCUCUCUUUCUUUAUAUGACCUUAUGACGGUGAAUCUUGAACAUUGGGAAUCAUCAUCUGAGUCUGAAGAUGAGGUUGGCGAUGGUUGGUCAACCUUCAUUAGUAAGAGCAGAAAACACCAUAAUCCAGUAUCUAGUGGAAUGCCACUCCCAGAUUCUCAUAAAAUCAUGUAUGGUAUCUAUCCAGAGAUAAAGCCGACUAGAUGGUGUUCAAACUCUGAGUUUCCUGCCUUUUACAAUGAUGAUGAUGGGUGGAUUCCAGUUCAAUCACGAAGGAGGAGGCGUCAUUCAAGACCCACACUACCAUCCAUCCAACAAAAUCAUUCAUUUCUUUCAGCUUUGCCAGCUGCACCAAAAAAUCAAGAACAACAGGGAUAUUUUUCUGAUGAGGAAGUAUAUGUUAUUGUCACAAGUUUCAAGACAGAAAACAAACCAUCAUCUAAAGAAGAAGCUGAGGGUUCCAAGAGCCAAUCAAAUGAUCCCGAAGCUGAUGGAAGUAUAGAGAAAUUGAAGCAACUUCCAUCUGAUUUACAGUUAUCCGAAGCCUUGCAGCUUUCAUGGGACACACGCCUUGCUCUUGUACAAGCUUUGUUAGACCCGAAAAAGUUCCAAGGUGAGUUGGCCAAGCCAGAAACUAAGGCUGGGUGUUUUGGAACAAUAACCUUCACAGAUGAAGACCUGCAGCUUGGAAUCCAAAAGCAUAACAGGCCUCUUUAUGUGAGUGGUAUUGUUCGAGAUCACAAAGUGAAUCGAAUUUUGAUUGAUGAUGGAUCUGCUGUCAAUAUAAUGCCAAUUUACAUCAUGAAGAGGAUUGGGAUAACUGUCGAUGAAUUGACUAGCAGUAAACUCCUAAUCCAAGGCUUUAACCAAAAGGGCCAACGUGCAAUUGGCAAGAUCCGCAUCAAUUUUCAAAUCGCAGACAUGGCAACCUCAGCUUUGUUCCAUGUCAUAGAGGCUAAAACAUCAUAUAAGCUUCUUUUAGGACGAACAUGGAUUCAUGAAAAUGGGGUGGUUCCGUCAACUUGGCAUCAAUGUUUUAAAUAUCAUUCUGAUGGCAAAACAAAAUGUGUUAUGGCUGAGAAAGAGCCUUUCACGAAAGAAGAGUCCCAUUUUGCCGAUGCCAAAUUUUAUGAAAAGGAAGAAGAUGAUUUUGAAGCUCUUCCUAUCAAGAUGCCACAAAUAAAACAAAAGAAUGACGGAAAAAUUGUUGUUCGCCCUAUAAAAGAUCCAUCUUCAAGUUCUGAAGUUCAUCUUUCAAUAGAGGAUGUGAAGGUGCUCAAGGAAGAUCUUGUGCUUCCAUUGUCUACACUCUCUAAAUUGGGCAUUUCUAAUCCAGUUAUAAAAGAAAUGGUUGAAACAGCCAUAGAACAUGAAAAGCAACCUCAAGGAUGGUUUGAUCCUCAUGCUCAAAUGUUACUAAAAAGGGCUGGCUUCAAAGAAGGAGAGUCUCGGCAACUUGGGGAUUUGAACUCUAUCCUCACCGGUACUCAAGCAACCCACACUGGGAAGGAAGCCAUGUUGAGAGGAGAACCUGUGCCAAGGCAGAGGCAUGGACUUGGAUUUCAAUCAUCUAAACCUGCAAAGAUCAAGAUAAAAAAGAAGUCAGCAAACCCAAUAACCAUCCAGAUUUUUGAAACAAACGAGGUUGAAGGGACUCCACAACUACGAGUUUCAGCCCUGGAAAGGAUUCAGCAAGAAAAUAUCCGAGUGUCAGUUUUUGAAAGACUAGGGCCUGCUCCUUCACUAUUGACAAUCCAAGAGAAUCAUUCUCAAAAGCCUUCAGUCUUUUCUAGACUUGGUGCUAAGCAGCAAAACAGAAAGAAAACAUCUAAGAGUCAGAAAGUUCAGAAGAACAAGAUCAAGUCUAUGCAAAGAAAGAAGUAUCAAUGGAGACGUAAAGACGUCCUUGAUGGGCAGGAGAUCUCAAAGCCUUCCGUUGAGGAGGAAAGGGCAGCUGAAUCAAACCAUGCCUCAAUUGAGAAAAUUUCUGACUCUGAUUCUUCAGAUGAAGAACCAAAUCCAGCCCCAGAAGCCUUUGAGGAGGGGGGACAAGCUACUACUGACGAGCUAAAGCAACGGAACUUGGGUACAGAGGAUGAUCCAAGACCCAUUUUUCUUAGUGCAUCGUUGAGUUUGGAGGAAGAAGUAAGAUAUGUGCAACUACUUGAUGAGUACAAGGAUGUACUUGGUGCUAAGCAGCAAAACAGAAAGAAAACAUCUAAGAGUCAGAAAGUUCAGAAGAACAAGAUCAAGUCUAUGCAAAGAAAGAAGUAUCAAUGGAGGCGUAAAGACGUCCUUGAUGGGCAAGAGAUCUCAAAGCCUUCCGUUGAGGAACAAAAGGCAGCUGAAUCAAACCAUGUCUCAAUUGAGAAAAUUUCUGACUCUGAUUCUUCAGAUGAAGAACCAAAUCCAGCCCCAGAAGCCUUUGAGGAGGGGGGACAAGCUACUACUGACGAGCUAAAGCAACGGAACUUGGGUACAGAGGAUGAUCCAAGACCCAUUUUUCUUAGUGCAUCGUUGAGUUUGGAGGAAGAAGUAAGAUAUGUGCAACUACUUGAUGAGUACAAGGAUGUGUUUGCAUGGUCUUACAAAGAGAUGCCAGGCUUAGACCCAAAAGUAGCUGUUCAUCGUCUAGCCGUGAAGCAUGGGGUACGCCCAGUGAAGCAGUUGCAGUGGCGUUUUCGUCCAGACCUCAUCCCACAAAUUGAAGCUGAGGUUGAUAAGUUGAUUGAAGCCAGCUUCAUUCGGGAGGUCCAUUAUCCAUCCUGGAUUGCGAACAUUGUUCCAGUUCGUAAAAAGAAUGGACAACUCAAGAUAUGUGUAGAUUUUCAUGAUCUAAACCAAGCGUGCCCAAAAGAUGAUUUUCCGCUUCCGAUCAUAGAGCUCAUGGUGGAUGCAACCAUGGGGCAUGAAGUUUUGUCCUCUAUGGAUGGAUUCUCUGGUUACAACCAAAUUCGCAUGGAUCCUAAGGAUGAAGAGCUUACAGCUUUUCGAACACCAAAGGGUAUUUACUGUUAUAAAGUUAUGCCAUUUGGGUUGAAAAAUGCCGGAGCCACUUACCAGCGUGCAAUGCAAAUGAUUUUUAGUGAUAUGUUGCAUAAGCUGGUUGAAUGUUAUGUCGAUGAUUUGGUUGUUAAAUCUGAGAGACGUGAUGACCACCUCAAUGACUUGAAAGUUGUGUUUGAGAGACUUCGCAAGUUCAUUUCAAACCUUGCUGGACGGUGUCAUCCAUUUAGCAAGUUAAUGAAGAAGGAUGCACCAUUUGUAUGGGAUGAAGCAUGUCAAAAUGCUUUUGAAAGCAUUAAGGAAUACCUCCUUCACCCUCCAGUUCUUGUUGCACCCAUUCUUGGGAGACCAUUGAUCCUUUAUAUUGCUGCACAAGAAUAUUCCUUGGGAGCAUUGCUGGCACAAGUCAAUGAAGAAGGAAAAGAAAAUGCUCUCUAUUAUUUGAGCCGCACUCUCGUAGGGGCAGAGGUGAAUUACUCACCCAUUGAGAAGAUUUAUCUAGCCUUGAUCUUCUCUACGAAGAAAUUGAGACAUUAUAUGUUGGCUCAUGUUGUACAUCUUAUUUCAAAAGCAGACCCCUUAAAAUACAUCAUGUCAAAGCCGGUGCUCUCUGGUAGAUUAGCAAAAUGGGCAUUAUUAUUGUCUGAAUUUGAAAUAAUUUAUGUGCCACAAAAGGCGAUAAAAGGACAAGCCUUAGCUGAUUUUCUUGCAGAUCAUCCAAUUCCAACUGAAUGGGAGUUGUCAAAGGAUCUUCCAGAUGAGGAGGUGUUCUUUGUAGAUGUAUUGCCAUCAUGGGAGCUUUACUUCGAUGGAGCAUCAAGAAGAGAUGGUGCUGGGGUUGGCGUGGUGUUUGUAACACCAAAAAAUGAAGUAAUACCAUUCUCUUUCUCUUUAAGAGAACAAUGCUCCAAUAAUGUUGCUGAAUAUCAAGCCUUGAUUGUGGGUUUGGAGAUGGCUCUUGAAAUGCAAAUUUAUCAACUCAAUGUUUAUGGGGACUCAAGCUUGGUAGUGAAUCAACUCAUGAAGGAGUUUGAUGUUCGAAAACCAGAACUUGUCCCAUACUUCCAAUAUGCCUCUCAACUCCUUGAGAAAUUUGAUCAUGUCUUAAUUGCCCACGUUCCUAGAAGUCGAAACAAGCAAGCAGAUGCUUUGGCUAAUUUAGCUGCUGUCAUUGCAAGUCUCGAUAAUCAAGAAGUCACUAUUUUUGUGUCGCAACGAUGGAUUUCACCUCAUUUGAGAUCUGAAGAUGCAGAAAGCAAUGUUCUUUCAGUAUGUGUCAUUGAGAAAGAAGACUGGAGACAACCAAUCAUCAAUUACUUGGAACAUGGAAAACUACCAGAUGAUCCACGCCAAAAAUCCACAAUUCGGAGGAGGGCUCUACGCUUUGUUUACUUUUGUAACACCCUCUAUCGGCGAUCUUUUGAUGGAGUUCUCCUUAGAUGUUUGGAUGGAGAUGAAUCAUCCCAAGUGGUUGAGGAGGCGCAUUCUGGAAUUUGUGGAGCUCAUCAGUCUAGUCCAAAGCUUCACUACCGAAUAAGAAGAAUGGGAUACUACUGGCCAACAAUGGUAAAGGAUUGCAUGGAAUAUGCGAAGAAAUGUGAAGCAUGCCAAUUUCAUGCAAACUUUAUCCAUCAGCCACCGGAGCCUUUACAUCCAACAAUAGCAUCAUGGCCCUUUCAUGCUUGGGGUUUAGAUGUGAUUGGACCCAUAACACCAAAAUCUUCAGCCGGGCAUGCAUAUAUCCUGGCAGCAACUGAUUACUUCUCCAAAUGGGCGGAAGCUGUACCUUUGAGAGAAGUCAAGAAAGAAAAUGUUGUUGACUUCAUUCGAGUCAAUAUCAUCUAUCGGUAUGGUGUUCCAAGGUACAUAAUUACAGAUAAUGGCAAGCCCUUUGCCAACAGUCUCAUGGACAAGCUAUGUUCAAAGUUCAAGUUUGCCCAACAUUUUUCCUCCAUGUACAAUGCUGCUGCAAAUGGACUAGCAGAAGCGUUUAAUAAAACCCUUUGCAAUCUCCUUAAGAAGGUUGUUUCAAAGUCCAAGCGGGAUUGGCAUGAAAGAAUUGGUGAAGCACUUUGGGCAUAUCGAACGACUCAUCGAACUCCAACAAAAGCAACUCCUUAUUCCCUUGUGUAUGGAGUUGAAGCUGUUCUCCCUUUGGAAUGCCAAAUUCCAUCUCUCAGGAUCGCCAUUCAAGAAGGUCUUACUGAUGAACAAAAUGCCAAGCUUCGUCUCCAAGAACUAGAAGCCUUAGAUGAGAAAAGAUUGGAGACCCAACAACACUUAGAGUGUUAUCAAGCCAGAUUGUCCAGGGCGUUCAACAAGAAGGUCCGACUAAGGGCAUUUCAAGUUGGAGAUGUGGUGUUAGCUGUUCGAAGGCCAAUUGUCAUCACUCGUCAUUCAGGGGGCAAGUUUACUUCAAAAUGGGAUGGUCCUUAUAUCGUGACAGAAGUUUACAGUAAUGGUGCCUACAAGAUUGUUGACAAAGAUGGUCUACAGAUUGGUCCCAUUAAUGGAAAGUUCCUCAAGAAGUUUUACUCUUAAAAAAAUGUAAUACUCCUAGUUACAAGAGUAUAAACUGUAUGACCAAAAUAAAAAAAUGUAAUACUCCUAGUCACAAGAGUAUAAACUGUAUGACCAAAAUAAAAAAAUGUAAUACU